AGCUCUGGCAUAUCUUUCAGUCGAACAAGCAAUGGCCUCCGGAUCAGCCAUCAUCAGCUUUUUCCUGCUAUCACUGGCUCUCGUGGCAAACGCAGCUGAUCCAGAUCCAGUUCUCGACUUCUGCGUCGCCAACAACAGCAGCAGCGGCUCCUCGGGAUCAUGCAGAAAUCCUUCGGCAGUCACCGGCCAGGACUUCGUGUCCGAGAUCCUCAGGAACAUCAACAACACGCAGGCUCCAAACACCUUCAACGCAAUUCUGGCGUCAGUUUCAACGUUUCCGGGCCUCAACACGAUGGGUCUCUCGAUCGCGAGGGCCGACUUUGGCGUCGGGGGUGUGGUUCCGACUCACGUCCAUCCCAGAGCAUCGGAGCUCAUCUACGUCGCGGAGGGGACAAUCUCGGCCGGAUUCGUGGACACCAACAACGUUUUGUUUGCUCGGACGCUCCAGAGAGGUGACAUGAUCAUCAUUCCCAGGGGUCUGCUCCACUACCAGUACAACGUUGGCAGCGAGCCUGCUACUACGUUUGCGGUGUUUAACAGCCAGGAGCCUGGACUCCAGCUGCUGGGGCCGAGCUUGUUUGGAUCAGAGAUCCCCACUCCAGUUCUUGCGUCGUCGCUGUCUCUCAAUGAGAGCACCAUCGCUGCCUUGCGAGGAAUCUAUGCUCCUUCCUCUUGAAUUUGUUCGUAAACAUGCGUUGAGUAAAGAUUCGCUGCUGCAUUUGUGCUUUAA